UCUCUUCCAUAAAAAAAGAAAAAAAAUCUCUGAAAUUCCUUUCGUUUUAGCUUCUGUUUUCUUUCCUAUUAUUACACACACACAACACAUUCUAGCUUUCUCCUUAUCUCUUCUUCCUCUUCCUUUUGUAUUCUUCUUCUUUAACUGAAACGCUUUUCUCUGAAGUCCUUGCUUUUUAUACCUACAAAACAACUUUUUUUUUCUUUUGCUUUGAGUCUUUGACAUGGAGAUUACAGGUGUAACGUGAAGAAGAAACCUUUCUGUUAUCUCUUCUUAUCUUUGUUUAUAUAUCUUAAAACAUUUCCAUCCUCCAAAUAAAAAAGGAAAAGAAACCCAGCGUUUGUUAUUCAUUCUCAACAUGUUUGAUUUGUUUUUGAAGCCAAAGUUCUAUUCAAGAUGUAAAUCGGCAUUAAGGGCUAAUAAGGUGCGAUUGGAGACUAUAAAGAAGAAGAGAAAUGCGGUGGAGAAGUAUUUGAAGAAAGAUAUCGCUGACCUUCUCAGGAACCGUCUUUAUUAUAAUGCUUAUGGAAGGACUGAAGGUCUUCUGGUCGAGCAAAACAGAACCACCUGCUACAAAUUCAUUGAGCAGUUUUCCGAGCUCAUCUUGAAGCAUGUCUCUGCAAUGCAAAAGCAGAGUGAGUGCCCUGAGGAAUGCAAAGAAGCUGUAUCAUCUCUAAUAUAUGCUGCAGCCCGAUUAGCUGAUUUGCCUGAACUACGAACCCUCAGAACGUUAUUUACCGAGAAAUAUGGAAAUUCCUUAGAACCCUAUUUAAAUCAAGAGUUUGUGCAGAAGCUACAGGGAGAGCCUCCUACGAAAGAGAUGAAGCUUCAAUUGAUGCAUGUCAUAGCAAAAGAGUUUUCGAUUGAAUGGGACUCGAAGGCUUUGGAACAGAAACUGUUUAAGCUACCUUCUUCAGAACAAAAGGAAGCCCAGCACAAGUCAUUAAAUGAAGGCGGUGAUCACGGAUACAAGUUGAACGGAAGCAAGAAUGAUACCAUAAAGGAAAGCAACAAUCAUAUUGAUGAGAAUGGAUUGAGUAACAUGCAAGAGUACGGGAAGCCAAUAAGAAAUGAAAUGGACCGCACUUCUCGUCCAAGAAAGGAGGUCGCAGAUGCUAAAUUGAAGCAGCAUAGAAGCAGUAGCAGUGAGGGGGCUUUCGAGAAAAGAAACAAUCAUGAUGAUGAUAACAGAAUGAGAAACAUAAAAGAGUAUGGGAGGCUGAAAAGAAAUGAAAAAGACCUUACUUCUCAUACAAGAAAGGAGGUCGCUGAUGAUAAGAAGCUGCAGAGUAGUAGUGAGGGUGAAUUAACUGAUCAAGAUAUCCUGAAGACUAGUUCUACUUCGGAAGCUAGUGUUUCAGACGAUGGUACAGAAAACAGGAAGCCUUUUUACUAUAGAUUUAUUUCUCCCCCCUCUGUCAAGCCAUUGGUCAAUUUCGGAAAGGAAAAAAACAGCACUGAGGAGCUUAAAGCACCAAGUGGUAAUAUAGAUGCUGAGGAAAUCAAUAAACCGGAUGAUUCAGCUGUUGAAAGUAAGCCAAAACCAAGGUCAGUUAGGACGAGACGUUUGAAACCACCACCAGAUCUGGGGGUUGGCUUACAAAGUGCUAAACCCGAUCCAAGUUCUUCUCCAGGGAAUGCUGCACCAUUUCCAAAAGAAGUUUCAAGUCCAACUGAAGCAGAAGGAAGGAACAAACAGGCGUCCUCAUUCGAGCGAGACAUGUUUCCCAAGCAUGCAAAUCGAAAGCUACCGGAAUACGAUGGUUUGGGGACUCGGCUUGGAGCUAUACAUAGGGGUAAAAGAAAUUAGCAUUAGGAGAGUAGUGAUAUUUACCUUCUACAUUCAUUCUAAUUCUUCGCCCCUAUAGGAAAUUAGUUUAUUGGUUCAUUCAUAUUCAUCAUAUAGCUCCAUAUUUGAUAAUGGAAACAAGCAUUGGAUUGUCAUUCAAGAAAAGCAAAGAAAAAAGAGAAGGCUUGUAAAAUAGGUUUGGAUAUAUGUAUAGAUUACAGUGUUUACCUGUUUAAUGCAUAAAAAUUUUGGAUGUUUUCCGGUGAA